GGCUCGGUUUUGUUGUUGUCUUGUGCUCGAUCCUGUUCAAAUUUCAACGCCAUUCUCAAUGCAAGUUCCUUUUCACAAAUACACUACAAUACCACUCCAACAACCAACACCAAAACUCUUUUUCUCUCUCUCUCACAUGGCUCUCUGUUCUCCAAGAUUCCUCACCCUCCUCCUACUCCUCUCUGCCAUACCCAUCGGAAUCAUCGUCACUUUGGAGCGAGCCCAACCCGCCACCCACGUCUACCACUACCACAGUUCCGGCUGGUUCCGAGAAUGCGCCAAGUGGGAUUCUCAUCAUCGCCGCUUCAUUGUUUCGUUCUUCGAAGGUGGUCUUGGUCAGGUUAAGCUGCCGGAGAAGGAUUCCGAGUCGUCCUCGUCAUCGCCGCCGUUGGAGGAAGCCACGGUGGUCAAAGAUGCACACUUGGCCGGAAAUGCGUCAUUGGGCAUCGCCAUUGACCCACCCAGAAAUCGAGUCCUCGUUGUUAACGCUGACGUCAUCGGUAAUCGAUACGGUGCGCUUGCAGCAUACGAUCUCUCCACCUGGAAUCGCCUCUUUUUAACCCAACUUAGCUCUCCAAGUGAUGAGAAAUCUUUCGCGGAUGAUGUUGCAGUGGACGCAGAAGGCAAUGCCUAUGUCACAGAUAUAAAAGGCAACAAAAUCUGGAAAGUUGGGGUGGAAGGGAAGCUUAUAUCAAUCAUUAGAAACCCGUUGUUUAGUGCAAAAGAGUGGUAUAAGAACUUGGUUGGGCUAAAUGGGAUAGUUUACCACCCAGAUGGGUUCUUGAUUGUGAUUCACACUUUCAGCGGCAACUUGUUCAAGAUUGAUUUAACAAAAGGAGAGGAAGUGAAGAUAAUAAAGGUAAAGGGAGGGACUCUAUCUUUUGGAGAUGGUUUGGAACUACUGUCUCCUACUAAGCUUGUAGUUGCUGGGAAUCCUUCUGGGAGAUUAGUGGAGAGCUCUGAUGGGUGGAACACAGCUUCUGUUGUGGGAACAUUCUCAGGGCCAAAGCAUCGCUUGGCCUCAGCAGCAACUGUGAAGGAAGGGAAGGUGUAUUUGAACCAUAUGGUUGGAAUUGGAUACCCCAAAAAGAAGCAUGCAAUUGUUGAAGCAGUUUUUUAACUCAUACUUUUUCUAGAAAUGUAAACAGUAGGGAAUUGGGCAUGUGUGGAUCAUACAUUUACAGGACGUUUUGUUGAAAUUUGGUGUACCUUCGCUUAUUUAUGUUUGGUUUUGUUGCAUUACUUGUCCUCGAUGAAUCUCAACCAAAACAUAAGAGGCUCGAGUAAGUAAAUUACCCUGUUGUCUUA